UGGCGGAGAGCAGAGACCAAAGCGAUAACUUAGGUUUGCAAACGCGAGUGCGCCGUCAUUGAAACACAGGAGCCAUCCGCAAGUGAUCCUCGGACUUACUUAGGAUUUGCAGCUGCCGAUGGGAAACAAGUCGGACACAGCGAAAAGGGAUUUUCGGAACAAGGUGCCCUUUGCAUGGGAAUUAAUCAUCCAUCGUGACAACUUACAGCAAGACGCCGUUGGCAGGAUCAUUAAUUGCACGUUCAGCGGCCGACAGACCAGAGGCCUGCAGGCUUCUCCCUGCACCUGGGAUGGUGCCAUGUGACAGAGCGGCCGUGGAGCCAUAACCCCACCACCACCGCUCCAUCAUCUCGACCCCAAGCUGCUCGCCUGCCGCCGAUCUCACCCCCAGCCUCCCCUUCCUCCCUUUAUCUUUGCUCUGAGCCCUGGAAGAGGCCACCACAGCCACCACAUGACUCACCCGCUGGAGCCCUAGAUCAAGUCAGUUGAAGCUGAAAAUGAGUGCAGUCGGGGAAAACCCCCUGGACCCUGCCACGCCAGAGCCUCGCAAGAGGAAGGGCUCACCAUGCGACACAUCAGGGCAAAGUCUGGAGAAGCGGAGACGGGAGCUGGAGUGCCGCUACAUCGAGGAGCUGGCGGAGCUGCUGUCGUCCAACAUGGGCGACAUUGCCGGCCUCAGCGUCAAGCCCGACAAGUGCCACAUCCUCAAGAGCACCGUGGACCAAAUCCAGCAGAUGAAACGGCGUGAGCAGGAGAAAGCAGCUCUUCUGUCUCCAGAUGAUGAGGUGCAGAAGAGCGACAUCACCUCCAGCAGCCAGGGGCUGGUGGAGAAGGAGGCGCUGGGGCCCAUGCUGCUCGAGGCCCUCGACGGGUUCUUCUUCGUCGUCAACCGGGAGGGCCGCAUCGUCUUUGUUUCCGAGAACGUGACGAGUUACCUUGGAUACGCCCAGGAGGAGCUGAUGACCUCCAGUGUGUACAGCAUCCUCCACGUGGGAGACCACAAUGAGUUUGUUCGCAAUCUUCUGCCCAAAAGCCUGGUGAACGGCGUGCCGUGGCCGCAGGAACCUGGCCGAAGGAACAGCCACACCUUCAACUGUCGCAUGCUGAAGAGGCCGCCGGACGAGCUGGAUUCGGAAAAUCCGGAGGCUCGGCAGCAGUACGAGAUCAUGCAGUGUUUCACCGUGUCUCAACCGCGGACCGUGCAGGAGGAGGGGGAGGACCUGCAGAGCUGCCUGAUCUGUAUUGCCUGUCGGAUACCUCGGACUCAGCCUUUCAGCACCGAGUCUUUCAUCACGAAGCAGGACCCCACAGGGAAGAUCAUCUCCAUAGAAACGAGUGCUUUGCGAGCGACGGGCCGGCCUGGCUGGGAGGACCUGGUCAGGAAGUGCAUCUACGCUUUCUUUCAGCCGCAGGGCAAAGAGCCCUCCCACGCUAAGAAGCUGCUGCAUGAGGUGAUGACCCACGGCAAUGCCAUCAGCCCGCUGUACCAUUUCACAUUAAGUGAUGGCACCCCGCUCAGCGCUCAGACCCGCUGCAAGUUCUGCUGCCCCCCCAACCCUGACGUACAGCCCUUCAUUAUGGGCAUUCACACUAUUGACAGGGAACACAACACUGCUAGCUCUCAGGAAAACACUAACCCCAGCCUUCCACCCAACCUUGGCAGCCUUGCCCAGACUCCCUCCCGCUCCCCUUCCCUUCCUCCCGGCAGCAACUGGACCCAAGGCUCAGGCCUCGCCACCUCGGGCCUUCACCCCAACAACAGCAACACCUCCUCCCACGGACAUAACCCAGCCACACCCGCAGGCUACCUGACGCCCAAUCGGACCUGUCCCCAGCAGGUCAACAGCCCCUCUCCUUUGAGCAGCCCACUCACAGCCACCCCUACCUCUUUUAUGUCACCCAGGAUGCCACGGGCCAGUCCUGGGUUAGGGGGAAGCCCUCGGGUACCGGGGAACCCCUUCUCUCCUUCCACACCGGGCCUCCAUUCCCCAGCGGGGGCGCUGAGCAGCGGAGGCAGCCUCAACAGGCAGCAGUCUGGUGACGGUGGUAGCGGUGCCAGCGGCGGGUCGACAGGGUCCUUCUCCCUGUCCUCCCCUGGCCCCCAGAGACAAGCCAGCACACCCACCGGCUCCUCUACUCGGCCUCCGUCUGCAAAACCCCCAGAGGGAGGAGAAGGAGGGGGAGAGGACUCUGUUAAAGCCCCUCUUCCUUCUGCCUCACAGCUGGGUAACCCCAGACCCAAUCAGCUCCUGGACAGCAGCGGGACAGGAGCUGAAUCUAACAACAGCAUCCACUGCACCUCAUCACCUCAUCCUCCGAACCCUCCUCCCGUCCCCCAGUGCCCCGCCUCCCACAGCACUCUAACAGAGCGGCAUAAGAUCCUGCACCGGCUGCUCCAGGACAGCAGUCCCAACGACGCCUCCACCGCCACUGACGAAGGAAUAAACAAAAACCAAGUUGAGAUUAAGAAGGAGCCGCCUUCCAGUCCGGCACUGACCACAGCCGCUCCCAAGUCCAGCUCCAGAGAGCCGCAGGACCAUCAGCUGCUCCGUUUUCUCCUGGACACGGACGAGAAGGACUUGGGGGACCUGCCGCCUCCGUCUGCCCUCAGCUUGCAGACGGUUCGGGUCAAAGUGGAGAAGAGAGCCAGCGUGGAGGGAGUGGUCUGCACGGGGACUGCCGUCGCAGCAGGAGGCGCAUCCAAACCUGCAGGAGUCUCCAGCAGCUCCGCUUGCAUCAGUCCCAAAUCGAGCCCCGUCGGAGAGAACCGCAGAGACAGCCGCAGGGACAGCCGGGACUCCACGAUGUCAGGUGGCCCUGUUGACAUGGACCCUCUCACCCCGCUGCUACCGAGCCUGAGAGGCCCAAGUGGGGCCAAGCAGGGCGGUGAGGAUUCAGCAACCCCUGGAGGAGGCCCCCAACUCCAGUCUCCAGCCCCCCAGCCCCCAUCUCAGCUCCAGUCCCCCAUGCCUCAGCUCCAGUCCCCCCUUUCUCAGUCCCUUCCUCAGUUGCAGUCGCAGUCACCCCAGCUCCACUCCCCUUCCCCUCAGCUCAAGCUGCAGUCACCCACUCAGCUCCAGCCCGGCGAGGCCAACACUCCCCGCAACGUAAAUGUGAAGAGAGAGCCUCCUGGCACUCCUAACAGAGGGCUCAGUGAUGGCGGUCCGCCGUCUGGCUGCAGCCUCCAGAGUCAGUCAUCCUUUGAUUUCUGCAGCCCCCCCACUCCAAGCCAGACGCAGGCCCAGGGACAGGGACAGGGAGACCCCUUCCAGACCCCCAAAGACAACAGCCCCUUUCCAGAGGCAGAAGUUAUCAACCCAUUCAGUUCGAGCACUGGCCUAACUAAGAUGGAUGUGGGAGACUCCCAGUUCCAGCCUCUGGCGCUGUCUGACACCUUGUCUUUUGAUGGUCUUGGAAACCCUUUACAGGCUCCCUUGGCGUCACCACAAGAGCAGUGUGUCCCCUGCACGCUGGAUGAAGUGCUGGGCCCGCCGACCACACCUGAAGGCCGAAACGAUGAGAAAGCUCUGUUAGAGCAGCUCGUCUCCUUCCUCAGUGGAACUGAUGAGAGCGAGCUGGCGGAGCUGGAUAAGGCUCUGGGUAUAGACAAACUGGUGCAGGGUGGCUGUUUUGAAACUUUGCCCCAGAACUUCCCAACCCAGCAACCCACUGCCAGCCCAGUGUCCAUGGACCCUAAACUCCCCAACUACCCUUCCCAAUUUACACCAGCUUCACAAGCUCAGUUUCCUCCAGAGCUGGCCACGGUGGGGCCACAGGGUCUGGGCUUUGGAGCCCCACGAGGGGCUUUCCCCGGCGGGACGGCGGGCUUGGGCCUGAGGCCGGGCAUGACGCGACCACAGGGGAUGGGCGCUCAGCUCAGGCUGCCACCCAACCAGCUGCGCCUGCAGCUGCAGCAGAGGCUGCAGGGCCCGCAGCAGCUCCAGAACAGGAUGGCGGGCAUGAAUCCAUUUCCUGGAGGAGCCCAGCAUGUGAACCUCGGGAUUCGUCAGGGGGUUCAGCAACCUCAGACGCCCUCACAACAGCCUCCGCUCAACGCCCAGAUGCUGGCGCAGCGUCAGAGGGAACUGUACAGCAUCCAGCACCGCCAGCGCCAGCUUUUCCAGCAGAAGGUCAUGCUCAUGAGACAGAACAUGGCAGGCGCUCCGACUGGAGCCGUGGGGUCCAUCGGAACUGCCAGGGUCCCAAAAGGCCCCCCAACAACGCCUCAACAGCAGCAGCAGCAGCAGCAGUUCAGCUUCCCACCAGGGUACAACCCAAUGACGGGAAAAUCCCCUACCUCACCGAGUCACUUCAGCCCCAUCACUGGAGGCCCUCUGGACAACAAACUGUCCGUCAGAGUUCCCCUGAACAACCAGACGCUGAUGGGCGGCGUGCAGGGCCAGUUCAGCAGCAGUGUCAGCUCCUCUUUGCAGCAGGGCCUGUUUCAGCAGUUUGGAGGGUCUGCUAUAGUCCAGCAAGACCCGUCUUUCCCUCCUGAGAUGAGCCCGACCAGCCCGUUGUUGUCACCUCAGAACUCCACCUCCCAGAGUCCUCUGCUUCAGCAAGCCCCUCCCCCUGGCUACCAGUCACCAGAAAUGAAGAGCUGGCCGCAGACAGGCAUGGGCAGCAACAGCCUGUUCAGUCAGCCAGGACAGGGUGCAGGGCAGGCCUUUGGCCAGCAGGGGGUUUACAACAACAUGAGCAUCACCGUCUCCAUGGCCGGAGGCUCCGGGGGUGUCGGCUCUUUACCUCCGAUGGGGCAGCCGGUUGGCAUGAGCAACAGCAACCUCAGCAGCGUGGGCCCAGUGUGCAGCGACCAGCAGGUGCAGCAGGUUCAGGUGUUCGCGGACGUCCAGUGCACCGUGAACCUGGUCGGCAGCGACUCCUACCUGAACCAGGGCUCCAUCGGAGCUCCGGCCUCCCAGAAGGGCCCCGGACCGCAGGGCUCCCAGAACAACCAGGCCCAGCAGAAGAGCCUCCUCCAGCAGCUGCUCACCGAGUGACACCCCCACUCCGUCGGCUCUCCUGCUCCCUCUACUUCUCACUUCUACGCCUCCUCCUCGGAGGUCGGUGCACCAGACCCAUUGCUGUCUCUGUCUCACCUUUUGGAUGGAAGGAUGGAUGUUCGGACCGCCGCGGCGUUGUAGGCUCGGAGGGGUUUGGCUGUAGGUGGAGUCC